AUGUCUCUCAGUUGGUGCGUUAAGCCAAUUUCUUUGCAGCUACAAUUCCACCCAACAACAUCAUGCCUCCACUCCCACGUUUCUGGAACAUCAACAACAACAACAACCUCGUCACUGUCUCUACUACCUCGUUCAUCUCACGUUCUCUCUCAAAACACCGUUUUCCACUCCCAACCCAAACCACACCUCAAACGCUCUUCCACCACAAUUCGCUGUUCUGCGUUGACUCCUGAAUUGAAGAGCACGUUGGAUAAAGUUGUUACUUCAAACAAAAUAGUUUUGUUUAUGAAGGGUACUAAGGAUUUUCCACAGUGUGGAUUCUCAAAUACAGUGGUGCAAAUUUUGAAGUCUUUGAAUGCUUCUUUUGAAACUGUAAACAUAUUGGAUAAUGAUAUGGUGCGCCAGGGACUUAAGGAGUAUAGCAGUUGGCCUACCUUUCCUCAGCUCUAUAUUGAUGGAGAGUUUUUCGGUGGAUGUGAUAUCACUAUUGAGGCAUAUCAGAAUGGAGAAUUACAGGAACUGAUAGAGAAGGCAAUGUGCUCUUGA